AAGUCGCCUGAAGACAUAUUGAAGCCAGAGAAAGCAAUCUAAUAUAUACUGUUUUGGCUAUCAAAUCAAUCAGCCGGAGAAAAUUUUAGAUAAUAAACUGAUAUAUAAUUUGUACUAACCUGUGAGCAGACCAGACCGGACAAUUAUAAAAAAUAAUUACUGACAACAGAUCGGUUGAAUAAAAUCGCACUUGUCAUAAAUAUCUGUUUUUAUCUUUAAUAACAAACUAGAACUGACUAAAACUUUCAAUUCAUCAAGCAAAGAACAGAAAGUAAUCAUUAAAUUUUAUCACCUGUCGAGAAAUAACAAAAUUCAAUUAUUUCUGUCGCCAAUUGCAAACUGAAGCAGUUGACGAAACCCGAACACCCGACCCAAAUUUGUCCAAGUGAACCCGACAACAGGAAACUCUAAAGAAAGCCGAUGAUUGCAAAGAUGGAACGAAGUGCAGACAUGGACAUUAAACUUGAGCCUGAGCAAAGAAAAAUUGACAUAAAAGGUGGGCAAACACAUAGUAAUCAAGAAGAUGAGGUCCAAAUUCAAAAUCAAUUGGACAAGGAUUGUGCAACAUCGAAUGCCAAUUACGCAAUGACUUCCAAAAAAGGACAACCGAGUGGGUCUUUUGUGAGGUUCGGGUGGAGCGACGAGAAAGAUCUUCAAACCCGCGGUGAUAAAACCUCGGCUUCUCAAACAUCCCCGAGCACUGACGACUCGAAUGCUAAAUUUCAAUGCCGCUCUUGUGAGCAAUCCUUUCCUACCAUCGAAUCCAUGGAGUCUCAUAUUCACCAGGAACACGCAUCUUCCUACCGCAACUACUCCUGCAAGAUAUGCGGGAAAUUCUUCGCCACGACUAGCGGACUUAAACAACACAUGCACAUACACAGCAGUGUGAAACCAUUCGUGUGCGAGGUAUGUAGCAGAUCUUACACUCAGUUCUCAAACCUGUGUCGGCACAAACGAAUGCACGCAGACUGCUGCCGAAAAGUAACUUGCUCUACUUGCGGCGAUAGUUUCAAAUCAGUCAGCGCUCUGAACAAACAUCGAAGGUUCUGCAUCAACAAGUUUCUGAAAGUAGUACGACCUUCAAUUUCGGUAGCUUCGACUGCACAGAGUUUGAAUGUACGGAUUCCGACCACCCAUUUCUCGGCACGAAGCUGCGUCUCGGCUACGCUUCUCGGCUCGGCUGACGAGAACCGAGCUCAAAAUCAACACAGUUUGAGCUCUGGAGAGGAUAUAUUCCUGAAAAGAGAGGAUAAUUCAAGAGGGAUGAGCCGGGAGUCCCCGCUGGAUUUGAGCAACCCGAGAAACCAGUCCAUCUCGGACUCGGAAACCGAAGAGGAGAUGUCGGAAACCAGCGAGAGCCCGAAUGAGGAAAUUUAUGAAGAAUGCGAAAUGGAUUUGACUCGAGACGAGAACGAAGACGAACAUAGCAACACGACUACCAAAGUAGAAGCCGAAAAUGAAUUAGUUGACGUUGAAACGUUAGACGAUGCGGAAUCUUUGACCGAACAAGAAAUUUUUGAAAAUAACUCUCAAAAUGGACUAGCAGAAAGUCAACAUCGUAAUGCCAAUGAAGCUUUGAAAGCAGCUCAAAAUUUUGGACAACUGCAACAAUUUCUGCAAUUUGGGCAUUCGGGAGCAAAUGGUCUUGACCUUGAACAAUCUGCUAGGCUGAACAUGGGAAACGCUUUCGGCCAGCUGGAGUACCAAAAAUUAAUGUACAAUUUACUGCAACAAUCUCAACUUGGGUUCAAUUCCGUUGCCGGAGGGCAAGUCCCAGGGUUGAACCCUGGAAUCGGGAGUUCUCCUGUUUCUGCGCCCUAUUUCGGAGGUCUCCUGAAACCGGUAGCCUCACAUGAUUCGCAUGUGGGGGGAGUUUGCAACAUGGGGGAUCCCUUGUCGCCUUGUGCUUCUAGCAAAGAGAAGUACGUGUGUAAGUUCUGUCACAAAGUCUUCCCUCGCUCGGCUAACUUGACUAGACAUCUUAGGACUCACACUGGCGAGCAGCCGUACGUGUGCAAGUACUGCAACAGAGCAUUUAGUAUAUCUAGCAAUCUGCAGCGACACGUGAGGAAUAUACACAACAAGGAGAAACCCUACCAAUGCAAGGUGUGCGACAAAGCCUUCGGACAGCAGACUAAUCUAGAACGACACAUGAAGAAACACGAGCACAAAUACCCCUGCUCCUCCCCCUCUAACUCAGACUUAAUGAGUGCGUCACGUGACACCACACCCGAACUCACGACUUCAGUCACGUCGGCCAUGCGAACCCACGCGACAUUCGAGUCUCUCUCGGAAGGAAUCAAUCACAGGACACCGACUACAUUCCAAAGUGCUACUGCUUCGCACAUAAUGCCACCCGCAGGCUCCAUCGGCGCGUUUCCGGCCACAUCUACUCUGCAAAACAUCGGAGGCUAUCCUUGUUCUUUGCCCCAACUAGCUCAGAGGUCGAUGAUUCGUCCCCACCCGGUUGCGACUCUUGAGUCGUCGCCUCAGCCCAACGUCAUUUCAACUUCAAUGGGUCAACGAACGUCAGCGAACCCGAGCAAUGCGGCUCUGCAGCUCUAUCUCAACACUAUGUUGUACCGCAAAGCAGUAGCUGAUACCAUAAAAGCACAGCCCCAAUUCAGCUCGGCUAUCGCGGGUUCCACCGCCACGACUUCCGACUUAAUCCGAGCUGCGAUUGUGGAGAACUCAGGGAACGGAAACAUAGCUUUACUCAUGCAGCAGCAUCAGAGCCU